AUGGUUGGUUUGAUUGCUCCUCGUUCACUUUAAGCCCUGUUGGAUGUUCUAUCUUUCGACCUUAGUCUUUGCAUGCGUCAGCAUUCUGGUGCUCCAUGUUUUGACUUGAUUUUGUUAAUUGUGGCCCCUCAUUUUCAUUCAGUUAGAUGGAUUGCUUCAAAGCAUUUGCUUUUUACAUAUGGAAAACAGUGUUUAAUCAUUGCUGUUCAGUAGGACCGCUUGAUAUUCUCUUGACGCGGGUCUUAAUUCUUAAAACGGGCAGACACGUGUCCCGUAUGUGCGUAUGCGUAUCCUGAUUCAUCAGGUCAUGACACUGCGUACGGAGUGCAUGCUGGCUUUUGUGUGAUCCUGCACUAGCGGCUCAGAUCUGCGAGCUUAUGUGCAGCCAGCAAUCAGAUUGGGUGACUGGGAAUAACCUACAGGAGUGACUCCGUUUUACUACCGCAUUCCCGCUAGUGACGUCAGUCACGCGAAGGGACUGCUAGGCGAAUUGUGGCUGCUCAGCUGGUCUCAAAAGUGGCCACACGAUAGUCGUAGGGGUCAGCCCUGGACGAGUUUGAUGGCAACAAAGUAUCCAGACGUCCUGUGCCAAUCAGGCUUUUAUGUACUCUGCUCAUAUCUUGAAUGCAGUAACCACAACGCCGUGCCAAAGACGAGGGCUGACCUAAUUGUUUGCCUGACUAACGCAUAAUAAGGGAUAUAAUUUUUUUCUUCCCAGGGAUCUGCUUAUAUUCUUGGAUUAGUUCUGUAGUAAAGCAUAUAUACCCUUCCUCCCCGAGACUGUCAUUGCGUCACUACAUAUGUCUUCGUCCCUCCUGACUCCUGAAUAUUUUAGGCUGCGAAUUCCGCCGAAUUCUACACUUUCAGUGCAGAGAAUAUCGAUGGUGAGAUGGUAUCUAUGGAACGAUACAAGUAAUCCUCUUUUUUAAACUUAUUCCCCAACAAUCAAGAGGCAAAGUCUGCUUGGUCGUGAAUGUUGCUACCAAAUGAGGUUUAACCGACAAAAACUACGCCCAGCUGCAAGAAUUGUAUACCUCUUACGCUGGCCAGGGUCUCCAUAUUUUAGCUUUUCCAUGCAAUCAGUUCGGUCACCAGGUAACCGUUGUCAUCUGGCAAUACUGACCCUCUUAGGAACCUGGUACCAACGCUGAAAUCAAGGAAAAUGCCCUCAAUAAAUAUCAUGCUACCUUCGAAUUUUUCAGCAAGUGUGACGUCAACGGCUCUAACGCUCUUCCGCUCUUCAAAUAUCUGCAAAACGCUCUCCCCGGCACACUUAUUAAGUAAGUUCGUCUUGAGUGUCUUAUUUUAUAAAAACCCCAUGGGACAAAAGUCGCACUGGAGGAAGUUUUUCAGCAGAUUCAACUCAUUCUCUAACGACCUGUUAAUUCUCCCAUGAUCACGUUGCAUCUAUUGACAGCUAGUCUACUGUAUGAUGGAUUGUAUAUGCAGAACACAUCUACAAACCGAUUUGCAUUGCACAAAUGCAGCGUGUGAUCGGGCCGUAGUGAAUUUCAGAUAAUGGAACCCCGUGUUGGUCUGUCAAUUGCUUUGGAGUGUGUACCUGACCUCUAUUCGGAAUACAAGGUGCACUGCCACACGAAGGACAAACGAACUUUGUUUUGUCAUCUCGCUUCCAACUGUGAAUUUAAUUCAGGGAUAGGCAAACACAUUGCUGUGUCGCUUCCAUUGUCUCUUGUGCUGACACUCAAUCUGUUUGGUGGUUAGACCCGAACUUGCGACACGUAUUUUGUUAGUUCCCUUGCAUGAUAGGAAACUUGGGUAAACGGAUGCAAGAUUCAGUAGGCCACAACGCUCUGUAGGAAAGUUCGUAAGACAAAUGGUGCAACAAGUAGUGUGUAACCCUAACUUUCAUCUAACUCAUACCUCUGUUUGUUAAAUGCAGCUCAAACAAUAUCGUGCUGCAGAACAUCCUUUAUACACACGAUCGUUCCUACACCGCUUCAAGCUAACUCGUCUUGGCCCGGCGGGUCAGCGCACAGGCCGCAGUUGAUAGUAGUGAGAAAGUUAUAUCCCUUUGAGUCAGGAAGUCAUGAACGAUGUCCUUUAUAUCUGUCAUAGAUUUUCAUUCAUGACAACCCUCUGACUAUUUCGGUGCGUGUAAUUUUCAGAUCCCUUGGUGUCCCUGGUAGACGGUCGUUGUCCUUAUCCUCUGCUCCACCCAUCAGCUUACCCUGUUCUGGGAGUCUAAUGCGGCACUUCCACGGCUAUUAGACUGAUCAUUGGUGAAUGAGACCUCGUAGUCAUUGUCAUUUUCGAGCCCAGCCUUGCAGUUUUACUUGAGUCUGGUAGUGGUUCCGCUCGACGGACAGCAGUUGUAGUAAGCUAAGAAUAGACUAGACAGGUCGUUUGGGAACAGUCGAUGAAGAAAUGGACUAGCAGAGUUUGGUCUGCGUGUCGGCUGUCCUUCCUGUUUAUUAGGAAAUACAGAUUAACGCUUACGAAAUCAUCUACUCUUUUUUUAGUUCAAUCAAGUGGAACUUCACCAAGUUCCUCAUCGCCCGUGAUGGUACUCCAUACAAGCGUUACUCCCCGCAAACUGACCCCGUGGUACGUUCUGUCAACUGUCCGAACUUUGUUUUUAAAUGCACUAAUUAUUAAACGAACGUUUAGGUUCUGCAGUGGGGGCAUGCGAUUUCGGACCAGAUUACGUAGCUGAACGUGUACUGUCAAGCUUAGCAUAGGGCGAAGUAGAGUUGGCUUAACUUUUUUUGCUUGGGGACUAAGACUUCGUUACGUUUAGAUCACCUACUUGUUUCAAGUACGACGUUGAGCUGAGAAUGUGACCGUGAUGACUGCACACAGGUCUGACGAAUAUAUCUUCUAGACCCGGAUGUUUAAAAGGCAUGCGUGGAGUGUUUGAAACAAUUCGACUGUGAAUAAGCUCAUUGACCUGUCAAGGUCUUUCCAUCUUCACUGAGGUCUAAAUCCGUUCUCGAAUGUUGUGUAGGUGAAGUUUUCCGUGCUAGUCGACGGAAAUCCCUUUUCGACCAAGGUUUUCCUUGCGACCUGGAUCCUGUGCUUUUACUCUAUCCCUUAACAGAUGAUAAACCUGGUUUUAGCGCUCACCUGGCCGUUUAUUUUUCCCUCUUGUCAUCGUUCUCUUGCUGUAAUAACCAUUUAGAUCAGUCUGCUGUGUAAAACUCUUUUGAAUCCCUCUAAGAAAUGAACGAUGAAGAUAGACGGCAAUGCAGUGAAGUUGACUUUUCCCUUGAGAACUACUCACGUUUUUAAGGAUUAUUCGGAUAGAUUCGAAUGCCCGGGUCCGUUAAGCCUUUGUCCCCCGGUAUCUUUUUCGGGAUAGAAGUCCUUUAUCACUACAUUUCACCAUGCGGGCGUGCCCGGGGCAUGUUUCGUUAGCAUAGCUUUCCCGGUGCCUUACCGACAUUUUAUGUUUGAUCUUCUGCAUCUAAGGUCUCAAGAUCGCUUCCAUCCCACCAAGUUUUCUAUCGUUUUCUCACUCUUUCCCUUAGUCCAUCGAGCCGGACAUCAAACACCUUCUAUCAUCCAACUAA